GAGGCAGCAGGAUCAGAUGUAAACAUGGCGGACGUCGGCAGUCAGCAGUACUCUAGUUCGGACAGUCGGGAGGACUCUAACAGCCAAGAUGAUUCUAAACAACAGACGACAAAUGUAUUCCGAAACGACGGUUCCUUUAUGGAGAUGUUCAAGAAGAUGCAGGAGGAGCAACGGAAGAAGCAAGAGGAUCCCAAAGUGGCGGGCGCAGGCUCAGGCUCUGGCUCUGCGGCGGGAGGCGAUCCACCCCACACCGAUCCGCCUAGGAAACCCACCCUCAGUUUUGUGGGCAAACGACGGGGCGGGAGAAUCCUGGCCACUGGCAUGGUCAAGAAGCAGCGGCGUGAAGCUGUCUCAGAGGAGCCGAAACCAGUGGAAGGUGGCAAGACUGAUGCCUGGUCACAGUACAUGAGCGAGGUGCGCAAGUACAAGGAGCAAUCUUGUGAAGAAGAGGGGAAAAGACGGCCGUUAGUCAAGUGAUUCCCUUUGCAACUCUCAUGUGGUUAAAAACUAUUGUUUCUUCCCUAGGUUGAGAAGUGUAGUAUUGGUGAAGUCACCUAAAACAGGUUAUACAUGUUGGUACACAACAGAAAAAUGGACUUACUAGCAUGAACAAUUCAGAUUCAUAACCAGUGAAGUGGUCAGAGCCAAAAUAUUUUAAUUUUCAGGACAAAAUAAGAGGUGUGCCAUUGAUAAACUAGAUUAAACCUCAUUAUGAAAAAAAGGCUUUAAUGAGUGAAAUCAGGUGCAGAAAGUGAUGAUUUCUGUUAAAACAGAAGAAUUACAUGUGAAAAAUAUCUGCACUUUAAAUUGAUUUAACAUUUUUCAUAACUUAUCAGUGUGUGUGUGUGUGUGUGUGUGUGUGUGUGUGUGUGUGUGUGUGUGUGUGUGUGUGUGUGUGUGUGUGUGUGUGUGCGCGCACUGAUGUGCAUAUAUACGUAUAUAUAUAUAUACAUGUGUAUGUGUAUAUAUAUAUAUAUAUAUAUAUAUAUAUAUAUAUAUAUAUAUAUAUAUAUAUAUAUAUAUAUAUAUAUAUAUCAUACAAACACAAUAGUAAGUACCUUUUCAUAACUAUCAAAAUACUUAUAGAAGCAUGACCUUAAAUUUUUACAUGUUUAAUUUAUCUACAACUUUGAAAGUGUGCAGUUUAUUUUUAUAGUAACUCCAGAUUUCAACUUAUGCUGAAAUGAAUACAGAGCCAGUGCUUCUUUUGAGUAUAGCAAGAGUGUUGAGGCCAGGGCUAAGUUACUGAUGUCAGCUGCAGGAUUAUCAGUUGGAAAGCAAGUGUACAUGGUUUUUGUGACAAAUCCUCCCAGGUCAAAGAAGUGCCCUGUAGGUUUAAUUAUCCACAAAAUAUAUUAAGGUAGAAUAUCUGUGAUUAUCCUCUGCAGUUUCUAGAUUAUUUUUUCUCUAUAUCCCAGGUAAAUGACUCUUUCAAUCUUCACCAUUAACUACUUCAUCAAACUUUAUAUGAAAAAUAUUUCAAGGUGUACUUUCCAUAACCAUUACAUAGCAUUGUUUGUUUGGCAGGUUUCAGGCAUUAUCAGGCACUUCAAGGCUUUUAUUUAAUCUAGCUUGACCUGGCCAUGUGGUAGUGUCUUUCUGGUGCCUUCACAUGGGCAGCCCAUCAGGUGUUUGUGUGUUAUUCAAAUACACUCCCUCAUGUUAUGUAAUACAUUUUGGAUCCUUUCAGUUAAAUGAACUGAUGAUGAAACAUCUUGACUUCAAUUUACCCACAUGUUCCGACAUGCAUAACUAGUCUUGCUUGAUGGCAAGUUACUGAUAGUGUUGUCAUGAGUAUUUUGUUGCAUCAGGAUUUGUCAGAAAUGCUCAUAAUAUUAUGUAUAUUGUUAUAAUUGGAUUUUUCAAAAUUAAAAAAUGUAAUAUCCAGUA